GCGCUCAUUUCCCCUCCUGGUAGCUUAGAAAGCAAUACAAGGAGCGCGGAAGGGAGCGAUGAGUUCGACGGGCGCGACGAAGGGUGGUCGUGGGAGGCCGAAGGCCUCGAAGGCGGUGUCCCGAUCCCAGAAGGCCGGUCUUCAGUUCCCCGUCGGCCGGAUUGCCCGCUUCCUCAAGGCCGGCCGUUACGCCGAGCGCGUUGGAGCCGGCGCCCCCGUCUACCUCUCGGCCGUUCUGGAAUACCUCGCCGCCGAGGUGCUGGAGCUGGCGGGGAACGCGGCGAGGGACAACAAGAAGAACAGGAUAAUUCCAAGGCACAUUCAGCUGGCGAUCAGGAACGAUGAGGAGCUGAGCCGGCUUCUUGGAGGUGUGACGAUCUCCAAUGGGGGGGUCCUGCCGAACAUUCACCAGGUUCUGCUGCCGAAGAAGCAAGGAGGAAAGGGGAAGGGAGGCGAGAUCGGGUCCAUGUCUCAGGAGUUUUAGGCUUUCUUUUUUGCCUUGUUUUGGUGAUGUUGUGAGGCUCUUUUUUGAUCUGCUUGUAGGCAGAGAUGUAAUUAAAAGAUUUUAGUUACUGAAUCUGAAGAAUUUUUUUUUCUUUUCUUU